GUCCUUCCUCCUCCCGCUUAUUCCUUCGCUUUGCCAACAUCUCCACCUCGUCAGCUCUAAUCACAUCCCGGACCUCCCCUUUGCUGAUUGCGUACGCUCCCAUUGGUGGCAUCGUAGCCUCGCUGCUGCUGCCUCCUCUUUUCACCUCGUAGCCCGGCUACUCGGGCCCAUCGGCCUUUGGCGCUUCCUUUCUUGAGUGCAGCCGGGGGAUCCCGCUGCAUCGCUCCACUCCGGAGAUUGUCCUCGGGUCAAGGCAAAUUCCUCCCCAGGUACCUGAUUGACCAUUCAGGGCCGCGAGCAGCAUCACCUCAUUCCUCGUAGCACCCUGGCACCGCUGUCGCCAUCUCCGAGCACUCUACUCUCACCGGCGCACUCCUUUGCCAGAGAUUCCCUCGGCCGCGAUUCCCGUCGCAGCACCUCUUCUUUUCCUCCUCCCUCUCCUUCCUCAAGGGUCUCUCUAUUGCCGCCUGAUACCUCGCAAUGGGUCUACUCACCCUCGGCACUCCACUCUCCUGGCCGGAAACAAAGGCGCUUUCUUCCCAUGUCCGCCAGCAUGGUAUCACCCAGCUCCUCUCUCUCUGGGCAAAGGUCAAGGACCGCAGGGGAGAUGCUGUGCUGUGGGGAGACGAAAUCGAGUACAUCGUCGUAUCUUUCGAUGAAGCCAGCAAGAAUCCUCGGCUCAGUCUGAGGCAGGGAGAGAUCCUCAAAGUCCUGGCCGUAAGCCAUGAGCGCAGCUGUCAAGAGGUAGAAGCUGAAGACGAAGAAGGCCAAGGUGGGAGUGGGGCCAGCAGGGCUGAUCAGAUCCCCACCUUUCACCCCGAAUAUGGGCGCUACAUGCUUGAGUCUACACCCGGCUGCCCCUUUGGAGCUACUCCCGCGCAGCUCUGCUCUGUCGAGGGGAACAUGCGGAUGCGGAGAAGGAUUGCCAAGCGUCAUCUUCUGCCCAACGAGCUACCUCUGACCCUCACCAGCUUCCCCAGGCUGGGCGUGACCGACGUGCCCUUCCUGGACGACGAGACACUGGUACCCAAUGGCAAAGCCUCUCAGUCCCUCUUUCUUCCAGACGAGAUCAUCAACCAGCACGUGCGCUUCCCAACCCUCACCGCCAAUAUCAGGUCUAGACGAGGGUCAAAGGUAGCCAUCAACCUUCCAAUCUACAAGGACGUCAACACCCCUUCUCCUUUCAUUGACCCAUCCAUCCCUUGGGACCGUAAGCUCUUCCCAGGCGACUCCGAAGCCAAGGACGGUGCAGCAAAGGUGGACCACAUCUACAUGGACUCGAUGGGCUUCGGUAUGGGAUGCUGCUGCUUGCAGGUCACAUUCCAGGCAUGCUCGGUGACAGAAGCCCGGGCGACGUACGACCAGCUGGUGCCCGUCACCCCUCUGCUCCUGGCUUUGAGCGCCGCUUCCCCUGCCUACCGAGGCUACCUAGCCGACGUCGAUGCCCGGUGGUCCGUUAUCUCCGGCGCAGUCGAUGAUCGUACCCCGCACGAGCGCGGGGAGGCUCAAUGCGACAACGCGGUCAAUGGGGAUGGGGAGCAAGUAGGGCCCAACGGCAACACCUCGUGCCGGAUGUACAAGUCUCGCUAUGACUCUGUCUCUUCCUACCUCUCACUGUCCCCUCUCUCUAGGCCAGAGGUAUACAACGAUGUCCCACUGCCCAUCCAUCAGCCCACAUACGAGCGGCUCAUGGCUCCCGUGGAGCAAGGUGGAGGCGGUAUGGAUGCCCUCCUUGCGCGUCACUUUGCCCACCUCUUCACCCGCGAUCCUCUCGUCAUCUUCUCCGAGCGCAUCGACCAAGACGACGAAGACUCCAUGGACCACUUUGAGAACAUCCAGUCCACCAACUGGCAAACGAUGAGGUUCAAGCCACCCCCGCCCAAUUCAGACAUUGGUUGGCGAGUGGAAGUGAGGAGUAUGGAGGUGCAAGUGACCGACUUUGAGAAUGCAGCAUUCAGCGUUUUUGUCGUCCUCCUCACACGGGCUAUCCUGCGUUUUGGCCUCAACUUCUACAUUCCCAUCAGUAAAGUCGACGAGAACAUGCACAAGGCGCAAAAGCGGAACGCUGUGCUUAGUGAGAAGUUCGCUUUCCGGAAAGAUGUCAUGGGCGCCGGCAGGGAGAGGCGCGGUGCCAGUAAAGAAGCUCAGCUCCACGACAACAUUGGCAGCAGUUCCUUGAGGUCAAGCUCGACUGCUCCUCGUACCCAACCAAAGGUCAUGUACGGUGUCAACUCGACUUGGACUACUCCUUCGAGCUCCCGUGCCGCAAGUCCUGCCAAGCCUCCUCCCGGUGCAGGCAAGACGGCUCCGAAUGGUCACUCUGCCAGCAGUAGCAUCGAUGUCGAAGAUGAGUACGCAGAUUUCACAAUCGAUGAGCUCAUCAAUGGGACAACAGCAGCUCGACAGAGGGAAGCAGAACGCUCUGGCUCCCCUUCUUCGUCCUCCUCUUCUUCGGCAGACAGUGUUGAAUUCCCCGGUCUCCUCACCCUGGUACACGACUACCUCGACUCCCUACCCGCUCCCGCCCACGGCAACAGUUCCAGUCCUCUCACCGGUCUCUCCCACUCACGUAGCGAGCUCAACCUCUACCUCUCUCUCAUCUCACACCGCGCAUCGGGAAGACUCGUCACUGCCGCCACGUACAGCCGUUCUUUCAUCCGCUCCCACCCGCUGUACAAGGGGGAUAGCUUCAUCUCUAAAGAAGUCUGCUUUGACUUGGUCAAGCACCUCGACGCAGUUGAGAGGGGAGAUGUGAGUGCUGAUGAAUUCCUACCUGCAGGGUAUGCAGAGAGGCGCAGAGAAUUAGAGAGGAGAGAAUGUACAGGACGUCAUGAUGGGUCAACUCCAGGUUUGGGAGAGAAGGAGGAAAAGGAAGGUACAAGAGGAGGGAUGAAGGAUGCAGCUACUGAAGCCGAGCGAGUUCUUCGCUCUGAAGAAUGGGAAACAGCAGCAGAGCACACACCGCCUACUUUGGAAGAACGAUCAGCCAAAGGUGGUGCACAAGGGACUAGUGUGCGAAGUGGUGAUCGGAUGAAGGAGGAAAAGGAUCAGCUUCUGGGACCUGGAGUUAGAGUCGGAGUCGGAGCCGGAGUCGGGAGGGAAGCUGGAGCUGGUGCUGGAGCUGGUGCUGGUGCUGGUGCUGGUGCUGAGCAGCGGUAAGAUCCAACAUUAGAAGGUCGAGGCGAUGGAGGGCGCUGGGCAGGGAAAAGGUAUUAUACGAUCUUUUCCAUUCUCCAUUCUGUUUACACGGCCCGGUCUUGAGCAUUACUGAAAGUUAGGAAGUCAGAAAGUCAGAAAGUCAGAAGUUCAAGGUUGUUGAAUCUUUAGAGGGUAUCAAUGCAUUACAUAUC